AUGAGAUUGAUGGUGGGAUUGGUCGCACCAGGGUUGUUGCUAGAAGAGGAGGGACUUGGGGAUAACAAAUGGAAGUGGAUUGAAGACAAUGAAGGAUGUUUUACUAUGGCGUCGUGUAGGAAAACUAUUGAUAACCAUCUUUUGAUAUGCCUUGAGGACAAUACUCAUUGGAACAAAAUCUUGCCUGAGACAGAGUCUCAUCUCUUUCUGAAUUGUUUAGUCGCUAGGGAGGUGUGUGUUGCCAUCAUUAAUGGGUGGAAUCAGGUUCCGGUGGAUAGCAGCUCUCUCCAUGACCUCUUCGGUUGUGUGUCCAGUUCUGGUACCCCUAGGUGCGUAAGCAAGAUGGUUGGAUUGAAGCUACCAAGUGAGGGCAUGCUGACGAGUGUAACCUCAAUGCUAGCUGCUACACAAAGAAGGGUGAAGCCGCGUAGGGGAAAAUAUCUAGUUCUUGACGAACUGGCAAACCGGAGAUGGAAGCUCAAACUAAGCCGAUUCUAA